AUGGAUAAAGAGGGAACCUCCACGCCGCCUGUCUUCCCCGAGGGCGGUCUUCGCGGCUGGAUGUCCGUGGCGGCCUGCUGGUGCAUCAUGUUCAACACCUUUGGCUACAUCAAUGCAUUCGGAAUCUACGAGGCGUAUUAUAAGAAUAGCUUCUUGCACGCCCAGAGCGACUCGAACAUCGCCUGGAUCGGCUCCCUGCAGGCGUUCUUUAUGUUUUCUGCGGGCCUGAUUUCAGGGCCUUUGAUGGACCGGUACGGCGCAAGAGUCAUUCUGAUCCCGUGCUCUGCUCUGUUCAUCCUGUCGGUGAUGUUGACCUCCCUGUGUCGGGAAUACUACCAGUUCCUGCUCGCGCAGGGGGUGUUGGGCGGGCUGGCAAACGGGCUCAGCUACACGCCCGCCCUGACGGCCGUGAACCAGCAUUUCCUGCGUCGACGGCCGCUGGCGAUGGGGAUCGCGUCGAGCGGAUCGUCGGUGGCAGGGGUGAUCUUCCCGCUGGCUCUGAAUCGCAUGCUGAACCACACGUCGCUCGGGUUCGGCUGGUCGGUGCGGAUCGUGGGAUUCCUCAUGCUGGCCCUUGGCGUUGUCGCCUGUGCGACGGUAUCUUCAAGGAGGAGAGGAGGAGAGACAAAGCGUCCGUCGUCUGAACGAAAUGAGCAACGGAUGUUCGGGUUCUUCAUUGCUUCUGCGUGGUCUCAUCCGGCGUACUCGCUGCAAGUCGUCGGCCUUUUUCUCGUGCUGUGGGCGCUGUUCUUCCCCUUCUUCUAUAUCCCAGCCUACGCACAGUCGAUCGGCGUGGACGUCGGCCUGUCGAACGAUCUCAUCGCCAUUCUCAACGCCUCGUCGCUCUUCGGCCGCCUGCUCGGCGGAGUAGUCGCCAACCGUCUCGGUCGCUUCAACUGUCUGGCCGGCGCGUCGGCUGUCUGCGGCGUGCUGAUUCUCGCCUGGCUGGCUGUCGACUCCCUGGCUGGCAUGGUGGUCUUCUCUGUCCUGUUUGGCUUCUUCUCCGGGACGGUGGUCGGCCUCCUCACCGCGACUAUUGCCAUGACGGCCCCGACGCCCGCCGUCAUCGGCUCCUACAUGGGCAUGGCGCUGGGCGUGCUCAGCCUCGCCAGUCUGACGGGGACGCCCAUCACGGGGGCGAUGAUCGCCCGGCAUGCUUCCUACAGGCCUGCCAUUCUGUUUACGGGGGUGAGUGCGCUGGUGGGCGCGGGGACUGUUUUUGCAGCCGGCUUGUUUAUGCCAAGUUGUUAA